AUCGAAGAGCUGUCUGCCGUCGGUGUCAGCCGCUGCGUCUCAAAUAAGCCAGCCGUGCUGUUUCUUGCUCUCCUCUGAACGUCCAUCUCACGACGUCUCGCAUUUCUAACCAACUCAUACACUCUUUUCUACAUCUUACGCUCCUUACGACCUGACGAUCUUUACGACGCAAUACGAACUGAUAUGUACCUCAUCACCUCCGCCGCGUCGGCCCUUCUUCUGGGUCAGCUGAUUCACGCGUCCCCCCUCUUACACCCGAGGCAGCUCCCGAUUGUCGACGAGAUAACUUGCAACAUUGCGGGUGUGCAGAUAGCGAACCCUGCGCAGACGCUCGCAGGUGUCCAGAGCGGCGCAAUUCAAGCACCAUCUGGGUUUACCACGGCGCAGUUUGGACAGCUCUUGGUGGGGUGUCUCAGGCGUGGAGCUACCGACAAUUUUCGACGGCCUCAGCUGCCCACCGAGUUCACGAAUGGAGGAGAAACUUCAGAUGUUUCUGAGAAUGGCGACCCCAGUGUGGCUGGCAACUAUCCUGUCUUUAGCGGUUUCUCGACGGGAAACUUAGCCGACCCUGCCUCGAUUCCUGCGAACGGCGGCCCUCCUUCGGACCCUCCUGCCUCGAAUGCUGCCGCUGAUAACACCUCUGGGGCAACUGUUGACAGCACCAAUAACGUGGCCUCCACCGACCCUCCGGCUGCUAACAACAACGGUGACUCCAAUGCCACUCCUGCAGCUGGUACCGCCCCUACCGACCCGCCGGUCUCAGAUUCUUCUGCGACGGAUGCCUCGUCCUCCAACGCCCCUGCUGCUGACCCCCCUGCCUCGGACCCAGCUGCUGCCGAUCCUGGUACCACCAACAACGAUGUUGCUGCAGUAGAUUCUAACGCCGCGUCCUCCACGUCAGAUCCUCCUGCGGACCCUCCUGCUUCACCUGCGAACGGCGGCUCCGGUGACGACGGUGGCGACUCUACAUCUGCAUCCGCUUCCUUCAAUCCCGAUCGAGACGAGUCUUUCAACCCAGAUGGCUCUCUCGCUGGUUCUUCCUCCGACGGAAGCAGCGACCCUGGUACCAGCGCAGGUACUGAUGCUGCCUCGAGUGGCGGCGACGCCGGAAAUGCCAGUCCUGCAGCCGCUUCUACAGACCCCGCCGCUAGCGCAAACGGCGCUAAUGCAGACGGGACCGCAUCGCCUUUCCUCUCUUACGAUACCGACGCCGCUCCUGACACGGCCGGUGCUGACCCAGCAAGCCGCAACUCGUUCAACCUCGUCAACAGCCAUCACACGACGGCCAACGGCGCGGGAGGUUGCGAUGGUAUGCUCUGCCUGGCAGAUGUCGUUCUGCCCGCAGGUAUCGCGGAGGCUCCAGAGUUGGGCCUGAACGGCCUGAAGAACGGCAAUCCUGGAGGGUGCCCCAACGGCGACAUUGACGCGUGCGUGGAUCUUGGCACCCGGUGAUUCGAGGAUGGACGGUGUUUGUUUAUCUCGGAGAGUAGUGUCACGACCUCGUCCAUCCUGUAUACAUUAACAUACCUCGUUCGUGAACAAUGUAAUAUCUAGUAGAACACGGCGUGCGAAUCUGG